UUGUUCCCUUCCCCCUCCCUCCCCAUCUGCCUGCGCUCCUCCUCACUCUCUCUCUCUCCGCCCCGCCGGAUCGCCCGCCGGCCGACCUCUCACUCUGUCUACACCAUCACCUACGAGCUAGGGGUGGUAGGCUACGAGCCCGCAACCCUGCUCCGUGUAGCACACCAUUACUUGCUCCAUCAUAAAGGAAGCAGAGAGCAGGGGAGGGGAGACGGAAGAAGCAGGGAGAGCUCUGCGGCCGUACCUUCACCCGGGCGGCGCGGCGGCCACCACCCCCACGCUCCUAGCUAGCUACCCAGCCACUGUAGCUGCGAGCGAGCAGAGAGGCAGAGAGGAGGCCACUCCCUCAUCAAUCGCACAGUAAAUUCCUGGGCACCCUGCAUUCACUCACUGCCCCGUCCGUCCGGCCGGCCGCGAUCUCCACAUCUUCUCUCCUCCUCCACCCCGCCAGAAAAGGCCUCUGCCCUGCUUCGUCCGUACACAGCACAUCGCAGCCGCGUGGUGGUGAGAGAGAGAGAACGGGAGAGAGGCGAGGAUGGUGCCGCGCGAGCAUGGGGAGGAGGCGAUCGUGGCGGACGGGCACGGCAAGGAGGAGGAGGUCGGGGUGAUGGGCGUGAGCAGCGGCGGCGCGGACGGCGACGAGGAGCAGCACGGCGGCGGCAAGUUCAGCGUCACCAGCUUCCUCUGGCACGGCGGCUCCGUCUGGGACGCCUGGUUCAGCUGCGCCUCCAACCAGGUGGCUCAGGUGCUGCUGACGCUGCCCUACUCCUUCUCGCAGCUGGGGAUGCUCUCGGGCAUCCUGCUGCAGCUCUUCUACGGCUUCCUGGGCAGCUGGACCGCCUACCUCAUCAGCGUCCUCUACGUCGAGUACCGCUCCCGCAAGGAGAAGGAGGGCGUCAGCUUCAAGAACCACGUCAUCCAGUGGUUCGAGGUGCUCGACGGGCUGCUGGGCCCGUACUGGAAGGCGGCCGGGCUGGCCUUCAACUGCACGUUCCUCCUCUUCGGCACCGUCAUCCAGCUGAUCGCCUGCGCCAGCAACAUCUACUACAUCAACGACCGGCUGGACAAGCGGACGUGGACAUACAUCUUCGGCGCGUGCUGCGCGACGACGGUGUUCAUCCCGUCGUUCCACAACUACCGGAUCUGGUCCUUCCUGGGGCUGGGCAUGACCACCUACACCGCCUGGUACCUCGCCAUCGCCGCGCUCAUCAACGGCCAGGUCGAGGGCGUCACCCACACCGGACCAAACAAGCUCGUCCUCUACUUCACCGGCGCCACCAACAUCCUCUACACCUUCGGCGGCCACGCCGUCACAGUGGAGAUCAUGCACGCGAUGUGGAAGCCGGCCAAGUUCAAGUACAUCUACCUGCUGGCGACGCUGUACGUGUUCACGCUGACGCUGCCGUCGGCGUCGGCCAUGUACUGGGCGUACGGGGACGAGCUGCUGGCGCACGCCAACGCCUUCUCGCUGCUGCCCAAGACGGCGUGGCGGGACGCCGCCGUGAUCCUCAUGCUCAUCCACCAGUUCAUCACCUUCGGCUUCGCCUGCACGCCGCUCUACUUCGUGUGGGAGAAGGUGAUCGGCAUGCACGACACCAAGAGCGUCUGCCUCCGCGCCCUCGCCAGGCUCCCCAUCGUCGUCCCCAUCUGGUUCCUCGCCAUCAUCUUCCCCUUCUUCGGCCCCAUCAACUCCGCCGUCGGCGCCCUCCUCGUCAGCUUCACCGUCUACAUCAUCCCCGCCCUCGCCCACAUCCUCACCUACCGAUCCGCAUCCGCACGCGCCAACGCGGCGGAGAAGCCGCCCUUCUUCCUGCCGAGCUGGACGGGGAUGUUCGUGCUCAACGCCUUCAUCGUGGUGUGGGUGCUGGUGGUGGGCUUCGGGCUGGGCGGCUGGGCCAGCAUGGUCAACUUCAUCCGCCAGAUCAACACCUUCGGCCUCUUCGCCAAGUGCUACCAGUGCCCCAAGCCCGGCGCCGCCGCCGUCGCCCCGGGCCCCUCCUCGUUGCACCACUAGCUCCGUCGUCGUCGUCUCGCCGCCGGGACCUCAUGCCACCGGCCGGCCGGCAAGGAGGAGGCAGCCGGCACGGCGGAACCAGUACUGUUGCUUGCUAGGUUUUGGUCGCCUUGUAACAUACAAGCCUCUCCUCUCCUAGGGCUGUCCGUCAGUGUCACAACCGCACCGUAGUAGAAGAGGGUGGCCGGGUCCCUAAGACCUCGCGCCCGAUCCGUCCAUCGGUACGUACGUACGUGCGUGUCCUCAGUGUUUGUGUUUGGCUUGCCCCCGCCCAAUAUAUAUGUGAUGGUAUGGUCAUCAUGGCUUAUAAGAUUUGCAUGCACCUCAUGUGACAUUCCGUAUGACGAUGAAUUGAAUUGAUGAUGAUGAUGGUAGUGUUAACAUGCUA